AUGAGUGGGACGAAGCGGGAUGAGCUUGAUGGGGAUCGGCCGCCAUAUCAUGCCUUUUUCUCCGACAAUAAGUCGACUGACAUCGUUUUGAAAGUGGUCUUUAACAUUUUCUCCUUCGUUCUCAUUGUUGUAUUUAUUGCGUGGAUCAACACUUUACGUAAUCGCCCCCGUCGUAAGCGAAAUGUGGAAUCCAUUGCUGUACGCGAUUUCGCUGCUCUCUUUGAGUCUGGUAUUAUUAGUAGGCUAAGCUCUGUCUCAAAAUUUUCUGAGGAUUAUUCAAUAUUAUCUUCAUAUAUUGGAUCCAAAAUUGUGGUAGUGAUCUCCGAAUGGGAUAAAAUCGAAAAAUCAAAUGUCGAUUUGAAACUUAGGAAAUAUUUUACAAAGUGUCAUAGCUCGUUCUGCUCAGAAUGGCACGGACUUCUAUUCUCUGAUCCAUUUUCUGUUGAACAUUCAAGAUUGGGAGAAUUCUUUGACUUUGCAAAUGGAACUAUUUGCACAAGUCUUUUUGUUGGGGCUUCUAUUCGUGCAAUGGACCACUAUUUGAAAGUAUUGCCCCCUAAAUUCACCUUGACUGAUGAAAGUAUUGGUCGAGUAGCUCUCGAAACUCUUUUUCAAUUUAUUCUGCAUCACGAAACAGGGGAGAAGUCCAGUCGUGAAAUUCUUUUAAAGUUUGAUGAGUUGUCUCGAGGUCUUUUGAACCUGCAUACAACCGGAAUGCUCCCAAAACCAUUUCGAUCGAUUGGUGUUAAAUGGAUUACAGAGGGGGUUAAUCAAUUACUCCAACCUUUCAUUAUCUAUCAUCUCAAUCACAGCAAAAAUGUUCCUCCUAAAACCCUUCUCUCGCAUAUUCUUGAAUCCAAGCGAAAACUAAGCCUUUCAGGAAUUAAGAGUGAAGACAUUGAGGGAUUUCUUACAACCAGGCAUCUUAGCCAUCUUGUAUUUGAGUACCUUUUUAUUGGUUAUCACAGCCUUCUUCCUUGUCUAAGGCUCAUACUUGAGGUCCUCAAUAACCGGUCAAUUUGGGCUCAACAAUUGUCUAAGGACCUGACCAACCAUCGGAAGAGUUGUUCUUUCAUUUGCAGUAAACAUACAGCUGAUCUAAAGGAGGACUGCUUGGAAUUGGAUUCUGGCUGUUUACCGUUCUGUAAAGAUCUCUGUCUGGAAGCACUUAGAUUCACGGUAUCUGGGUGGCCUUUAGGAUGUAUUCGAGAAUCUUAUCGUGAUGGAGACUGUUACCUAUCUGGUGACCUCAUUCUUCUCAAUGAACCUGCUGUAUUUCACGAUGAAUCAAUAUGGUUUUCUCAGAAAGUUUGUAACACUGGAACCGGUGUCCAUCCAUUCCUUCCAUUUGACCGCCACGGUUGCAAAGCUUCUAACUAUCUCACUUAUCGUGUUCUCCUCAACUCUAAAGUUGGUUUUGUGCCUAGAUUUCACAUCUAUCGAAUUCUCCUAGCAACCAUUGUACAUCUCUUUACAAAGUGCUCAAUUAAAACCGAUUCUUCGUUGGAUAGCGCAGCAUUGGAUGAGUUUGCCAAUCUCCCCCUUUACCUACCUAUGGUUGCACAACUCAGUAGCGGUAUCGAAUUACACAAAAAAGAUCUCUAA